CACAAGCUAAAGCUUGUCGACCUUAGUGACUCUCAAAAGUUAUGCCAGACUCCUAACUUUAAUGGGUUGCCAAAUAUUGAAAGGUUGAUUUUUCAAGGCUGUACAGGAUUGCAUGCGUUACACCCAUCUGUUGGAAGUCUUAAACGACUUAUUCUAUUAAAUCUAAAAGACUGUAAGUGUCUUGAGGACCUUCCGCAUGAGAUCAACUUGAAAUCUCUUAAAAUUUUAAUUCUAUCUGGCUGUUCAAAACUCAAGAAGUUUCCAAAGAUUGGGAGAAACAUGACAAGCAUGUUGGAGCUUUAUUUGGACAGGAUUGCCAUAGAAGAACUACCAUCAUCAAUCAAGCAUCUAACUGGCUUGACUUUAUUGAAUCUUCAAGACUGCGAAAACCUUUCUAGCUUUCCAAGUGUUAUUUGUAGUUUGAUAUCUCUUGAAAUUCUCAUUCUAUCAGGAUGUAAGGGUCAACCACAAAAAGCAAGGUAUUUGAGUGGGCUCAUUCCCAUUUUAUCCUCAAUUGGUACCACCCUCACUCUUCCCUACACCUAUCUCAUUGAUCGACAAUCUCAACCAGAGCCCAUCAACCUGUUGUUGCCUGAGUCAUUCUCAGGAUUAAGCUCUUUAGUAUCUCUAGAUCUCAGUGAUUGUAAUCUGUUGGACGGAGCUCUCCCUAAUGAUCUUAGCUACCUAUCCUCACUAACAUCUUUGAAUUUGAGGAAAAAUAAUUUUACACGCUUACCUGAUAGUAUUUCUCAGCUUUUAAAUCUCAAACUUCUUUUCUCGGAUCAUUGUAGCAAGCUUCAAUCAUUGCCAUAUCUUCCAUUAAGUACACAAUUUGUUUCAGCACAAGGAUGUACUUCACUUGAAAAUUAUUCAAAUCAAGUUGUUGUAUGGACUUCGGAUGCAGCAAGAUUCACUUUUAUUAAUUGCCAUGGCUUGGCUGAUGAUGAAGAAGGCAAAAUUGCUGAUGUUCCUUUGCUAAAUACACCCGUCCAAUCAUUGUGGCAAAGAUACAUGGAGGACCAAAUCCAUCAACUUAAAGGCUUUUUCCUGGUUGUACCUCAAACUGAAAUUUCAGAGUGGUUCAAGAAUAAGUAGUGCGGGUCAUCUGUGCAAAUCGGGUCAUCCGUGCAAAUCUCAUUACCUCCUAAUCUAUUCAAUAACAGAAGUUGGAAAGGGAUCGCUCUAUGUGUCAUUUUUGUAGUCCCUCCAAGUUUGAAAGAUGUUUCUCCUGGUCAGGACUCAAAAUACUUUCAUGAAUUUAUUUGUCAUUUCGACAUGAAUGGCGUUUCUUUAAAUUUUCCCCAGGUCCUUAAGAUUCCUAAAGAAACAUUUGUUGGUUCAUUUGGACUUUGGCUAUACAUAUCACAUGCCAGGAUUACAGAACAUUCUGACAAAGGGAGUUACUUCAGCUCUGUGAUUAGACCCACAAUUCAGUAUAUUCAGAUUAAAAUAUGUGGUGCACGUAUUAUAUACGAGCAAGAUAUGAUAGAAUUUGGACAAAACUCAAGGCAAGAAAAUUUCAGGAGCUGUAAUGACCUUGGUCAAGUUCAUGAAAUAUUCAUAGAAGAUCAUAUGAGCAGUUCCCCAAAACUCUGAUCCCAAGCUAAAACAAAAGCUCAAUUCACUGCUUUCAACAUUGUAUCAGGUCUCUGCUUAUAUCUGAGGAAACUCCAUUUUACCUAAAAACUUAUGGGUUUAGGCCCAAUUAUGUUAUGUUAAUUCCUCAAUUUAUCUACUUUUUCUCUAUUUGAGACUU